UUCCGCUCACAUCAACGUGUCGGUGAGAGAAAAUUUUUUGAUAAAACGUAAACACGACAGCUGUUCACGAUGCUCGAGUUAUUCGCGAUCGUUCAUAAAUUAUUUAAUCGUUGUGCAGUGAUAAUGUGAAAUAUUCUAUUCAUCGAUCGGCUAUCCACAAGUUCCCGAAAAAUGGCUCCGUACAGGAUACUAUUCCUCGGUAUAACCGUCUUUCUGUUCCAUCAAAGCGAAGCUAUGAUCGACGAAUUAUACUGCGGCCGAGAAAACUGCUAUGAAAUUCUCGGCGUCGCCAGGGAAGCGACUAAGGUCGAGAUAUCGAAAUCGUAUCGCCAAUUGGCCAAGAAGUAUCAUCCGGAUAUGCAUAAGACUGCAGAAGCCAAAGAAACAGCUGCUGAAACUUUCAGAAAACUAGCCAACGCAUAUGAAAUUCUUAAAGAUGAAGAGUCUCGUACCGAUUACGAUUUCAUGUUAGAUCAUCCAGAUCAAGUGUACAGUCAUUACUAUAGGUAUUAUAGAAGACGUAUGACACCUCGAGUCGAUGUCAGAAUUGUCGUAGCUGUCACUCUUACUGUCAUUUCUGCUGUGCAGUAUUUCCUCGCUCGUCAGAGGUAUUAUACAGCUAUUUCGUAUUUGGUCGAAACACCAAAGUAUAGAUUGAAAGCUUUAGAGGAAGCUAAAGCAUUAGGAUUAUUAAGCGAUAAAAAAAAUAAAACUAAAAGUAAAGCUGAAAUUAAAGAAGAAACUGAAAACGUGAUUAGAAAAGUGCUCGAAGAUAACAUGGAUAUUAGAGGAGGAUACGCCAAACCGAAAUUCACCGAUAUUCUUCUCUGCCAAUUGGUUCUGUUACCGGUGGGAUUCUUCAAGUAUAUUUGCUGGUUUUGUAAAUGGAUCUGGAAGUACAAUAUUUGCAAAGAAGAAUACGGCGAAGAAGAGAAAUUAUAUUUGAUACGCAAAAAUAUGAAAAUGAAAGAAGACGCCUUCGAUCAAUACACCGACGUUCAAAAAAAAGAAUUCUUGAAGCAAGAACUAUGGAUCUACGAUAACUACAAGAAAUGGCAAGAUAAAAAAGACGAAGAAAUGAAGAAACGUAUGGCUGAAAACGGUCGUUACAAAGCAUACCGAAGAUACAUGAGACAACAUGGCCCAGGCCGAAUAGUUUUCGACGAUUCGUGAAGUGAAAAUAUCGAUUCAGUGGACUGUGGCGUAUUGCGGAGUACGUAAAAAUCUACCUACGAUGGUGUAUUAAUUCAUCGCACAAGUGAACAAACGUGUAACAGAAAAUGGAUUUUAUGGAUUUUUUUCCGAGAAAAAAACCACGUACUCGUUUUGGUAACCCAAUUUUUGAAACAAACGUACCUCUUUACCAGAUGCGUUUUUUUUUUCUUUCUGUACAUAAUUACGAAGAUAUUGAAGGUUGCACUCGUCGCAUGUCACUCAUAUUAGAAUUUAUAUAAAUUACGUUCAAGUGAAACUGUGUUGAAGUGUGCUGGUUUUUAUUUUCCUAUUCGAUGUUAUACGAUUAACGCGUCAUCGUGCUGUUUUAUUUAAACAACAGUUGUUGUUUUGUCGUAAUAAAACAACCCGACAGCAUGACAUAAUUUUCCUCGCAUACUCUUCAAGAAAUAUCACACUUGGUGAGAAUUUUUCUUUCGAGGGUAAUCCGAGGCUAUAUCGUAGGUAAUUUAUAUACCCACAACAAUAUCUUUUACGCUGUGAUAUUGCUAGGAAACUUUUUAUAAAAAUGUAUUUUUUUUUGCCUCGAAAAGGCUUUUCUGUCUAAUAUUUCUAACGAAAUCAUCGUCCUGCCGUGGACAAAAUAAAAAUAAUUUCAUGUGGUUGUGACAAUAUGCAAUAUUAAAAUGGGAUAAUUUUCUCAUUCGUACGCAUAAUAUUGUUUGUAAAUGUAUCACAUCGUCGUCUACGUAGAUAACUACCGAAUAAUUUUAUUUUUCAUUUUGUCCGUUUUUUUUUUCAUUUUUCAUUUUUUUAAGAAUCGUUAUACUAAUACUUGUAAUAUUUAAGAAUCGUUGUUCUUUUUUUUGUUUGUAUAAAUUUUUCUUUGUUAUGAAAAUAAUCGUUGUGAAAAUUGUUGCUACGUUUUAAGCUCUUAAAACUUUUUAUUUAUUUUUUAUCCGAGUUUUUGUCCAGUGCGUUGUUUUGAUGUAAUAAAAGCGUAAUUUUUUUUUCUA